AAAAGGAACCCUCCUCGCCGGGGGAAACGCGACGAGGAAGACGUCGGUGGCACCAAGGCGGCCGCACUUCGUGUUUAGUAUUAAAAUACUGACAUUGUGACAAAAAUAUUGUGGCUGCUAUCCCGUAGAAUACAUGCUUCAUUCGACAUUGUGACUAGGAAUACAAAUAAAAAAAGGUCACAUUGUCACUGAUGCAGCAUGAAAGCUCCCUGUCGACUUUUCCUUCAAAAAAGCUCCUUGUGGACUUUGUACCAGCGCAUACCACUAGAAAGCUCCUUCAAAGCUGGCAUGCGCUGCCACUAGAAAGAAGUCAACAGCACAACAGUUCAAGAAAACAGCAACUCAUUGUGUCCUCAAGCUUGCCGCUUGGCGCCUCGGCCUCGAUGACGACCGCCAGGAUGACGACUAGCCAAGGGCAAGCAGCGCCCCUCGGCCGGGGAGACGCCGCCGAGGACGACGCCGGCGGCUCCACGGCGGCGCACUUCGUGUUCGUCCCGCUGAGGGAGCAGGGCCACCUGAUCCCGGCCGUCGACACCGCGCUGCUGCUCGCCACCCACGGCGCGGUCUGCACCAUCGUCGGCCCCCCGUCCACGGCCGCGCUGGUGCGCCCCGCCGUCGACUCCGCCCGCCGGUCCGGCCUGCAUGUCCGCCUCGCCGAGUUCCCGCUCGACUACGCCGCCGCCGGCCUGCCGGAAGGCGCGGACGACGCUGCCGACAGCGUCCCGGCGAUGCACAUGUGGAGCUUCUUCCGCGCCAUGGCGCUCCUCCGCGCACCGAUCGAGAGCUACCUCCGCGCGCACGCGCCGUUCCCGACCUGCGUCGUGUCGGACUUCGUCAACCCGUGGACCACGGAGCUCGCGGCCAACCUCGGCGUCCCGCGGCUAAGCUUCUUCAGCAUGUGCACCUUCGGCCUCCUCUGCCAGCACAACCUCGAGCGGUUCGGCGCGUGGGACGGCGUCGAGGACCCCAACCAGCCGGUCGUCGUGCCGGGGCUGGAGAGGAGGUUCGUGGUGACGAGGGCGCAGGCGCCCGGCUUCUUCCGGGGGAUCCCGAUCCCGUGCUGGGAGGAAUUCGCCGACUACGUCGAGCGCGCGCGGGCCGAGGCUGACGGCGUCAUCGUCAACACCUUCGAGGAGAUGGAGCCGGAGUUCGUCGCCGGGUACGCGGCGGCGCGGAAGAUGAAGGUCUGGACCGUCGGGCCGGUGUCGACCUACCACCAGAGCAGCCCGACGCCGGCGGCGUCGGCGCUGGCGUCGAGAGGGCUGCGGGCGCCCGCCAUCGACCCCGACGAGUGCCUCCGGUGGCUCGACGGCAAGCCGGCGGGCUCCGUCGUGUACGUCAGCUUCGGGAGCAUCUCGCAGGCGGGCGCGAAGCAGGUGGUGGAGCUCGGCCUCGGGCUGGAGGCGUCGGGGCACCCGUUCAUCUGGGUGGUCCGGAACGCCGACGAGUACGACGCGGCGGCGCGCGGGUUCCUGGGCGAGCUCGAGGCGCGCGUGGCGGGGCGCGGCCUGCUAGUCCGCGGGUGGGCGCCGCAGCUGCUGAUCCUGUCCCACGCCGCCGUGGGCGGGUUCGUGACGCACUGCGGGUGGAACUCGACGCUGGAGGCCGUCGCGGCGGGGCUGCCGGUGGUGACGUGGCCGCACUUCACGGACCAGUUCCUGAACGAGAAGAUGGCCGUGGAGGUACUGGGCAUCGGCGUCCGCGUCGGGGUCACCGAGCCGCUCACGUACCAGGCGGUGCCCAAGGAGAUCGUCGUGGGGCGGGGCGUGGUGGAGGCGGCCGUGCGGAGCGUGAUGGGCGGCGGGGAGGAGGCGGAGGAGAGGCGGCGCCGGGCGCGCGCGCUGGCGGCCAAGGCGCGGGCGGCCGCGCAGCCGGGCGGGUCGUCGCACGCCAACCUGCUGGACCUGGUCAAGCGCUUCCGGCCGGGCGCGGCGCCUGGCGCGGCGCCUGGCGCCGCCGUGUCAGGGGUGUAGCGGCAAGUCGUCUCGUCCGUUGAGAUUCCGCAUGCAAGUGGGGCGGCUUGCAUCUUGAGUUGAGAUGUCUGAUUGGUCCAGGAAAUAAAUCCGAAGUGGUUGUGUGAUUUUUGCGUUUGUUGUGGUGCUUCCAAGAAUUGGACAAUUGCCGAAGCAUCUCGGCAAGGUCCAUUUCCAUGUGUGGGCAUCCGAGUUCAGCCGGCGAUGGUGGCUGCUUCUGCCUGCCCUCCUUCCGUCGUUUCUGCUCAUCUGUCUCACUAUCUGUCUGAUACCUCAACUAUGCUCAAUUUGUCGGCCAUCACAUUCAUCAAAGGGAUGUUGUAUAUGGUGUUUUUCCAGGUUACUCCUGAUGGAACAGAGCAAUGAGCUAGCAGGAAGGCAGACCAGUGAGGAAUAGUACAGUACAGUCCUUUUGUAAUGUUGCGGAUUGCCAGGUGCGUUUGGGUGCUUGUCAA